GGACAAACGCGUAGUCGUCCACACGGAAACGGGCGUAGACACGGAGACGCACGCGAACACGUGCGCAGGCGGGCUCCCGCAUGCCGCGGACUCCGUGGACCCGCUGGGUGAGAACACGACGGGUCCAGAGAACCGCAUAGAUGUCUCCCAGUGGGGGGGGCCGUCGGUGGUCAGCCUUGCUCCACUUUGCGGCCAGCCGUGGCCUGAGGAGGGUGGCGUUGUUCCUGCUCCGGCAGCCGGCGGCUAGAGAGGCGCUGAGGCAGCGGGACGCCCAGGGAGACACCCCCGCCAGCCUGGCCCGGAGGAAAGGACACCAGCAGCUGGCCGAGCUCUUCACACGGUGUGAGACGUCGGCAGAAGACAUUCAGGAGGGCUCCGAGGGCUGGCUCCAGGUUUACCCAGAGGGCCGAGCGCUGCAGUGUCACCCGGGCCUGGGCACCCACACCCUUACCCUCCCUGCUCGCCAGGAGAAGGAGAGCGAGGAGGUAGAGAGAGGAGACGGGCAGAGGGGGGAAAGCCGUUUGCUGAAGGGCGAGGUGGAAGAGCUGAGGAGACUGGUCCAGAUACACAGAGAGCAGAAGGGAAAAUUGGAUUUCUGUGAUUCCAGUUCCCCGAUACCUGGUUCAACCCAUCUCCCCUUUGGUCAUGGACUAUGCAACCCUGCUGGUAGGGCGUGUCCUAAAUCCAAUGGCCAAUCAGAGAGACAGGAGCCUGCACAGCCGGCUGUAGAAGCCCCGGAAAAGUGCUGCAAAGCAACAGAAAUGCAGGCAAGCGAUUGUGGUUUCACUGUUGCAGACAUUGCUCCUUGCAACACCGAAAGUCCCCGUCCUAAUCAGGAAGAGAAGGCAGCAGGCGGGACCAGUCCUGUGGUCGGACGCCAACCGACCCGCAGCAGAAAAAACAGAAAAAGGACAUCAAAAAGUAGAGGAAAUGACAAAAGUGCCACACGGACUCCAGAGAAAGCUAUAAACAACCCUACAGAGAUAACGGGAAGUAACUCUGAGUUGAACAUCGUUUUGCCCAAAGAACUCAUAGGAGAGGGGAAAUCCACAAGUUCCUCAGAACCAGCGAGGACUCCAUUUCCCAUAGUGCCUCUGUCUGGGACUGUGUGCGAUGCAGGGCAGGUUGUCGUGACUACCAGCGUAGCAAAAACAGUAGAAAAACAGGAAGACGGGAACUCGGAACUUUGCCUCGAGACUUCUGCUAGAGCGACGAAGAGAGAAGACUUGUCAGCAAAGCAGACAAACCAGAAUCAUCCGACAAGCAACAUAUGUGCCACGGCUAAAUGGAACCUACCCUCUGAAGGCAACCCGGCAAGAAAAGGGAGCAUGGGCCAAGGGCAAUCGCUGAACUCGGAGGAUAACCCAGGGGAACCUACCGGGACCGACCCGGUGGACCAGAGCACUGGCCUCGGUCAGAGGGACGGCCCUGAUUCGCCCGGGCCCUUACCCCGCCGAAUGCUGUGGCGCGACGGGGGCUGGACUGCGACCAUGGGCUGGUCCACCGAACAGGGUCCGGAAACGCCCGCCAACACGGUCUGGUACCAGGACGAAAGCCCGGCGCGCUCACCAACCGAGGGGGCUGCGCUGGCCUCUCAUGGGAAAGAAGCCCUUGCCCAUACUACUUGGUAUGGGGAGAACAUGGCCGAGAAUCAGACCCUCACGUCACUCGCAUCAGUCCAUGGACACCCAGAAGAAUCAGAGCAAAAGGAGAGCGCCUUAAGUCAGCCCCGAGCCUCUGUGGUCUGUAGUGCCGGGGACUCACUGGAACAUGACCCUUGUUUUCAAGUGUCUGUGUCAGCCCUGAGUCAGGUUGGAGACCCUGGAGCACAGCCAGCGCAGUCACAUGUUCCUGGCGCACAAAGACAGGAAGCCUACGGAAAACAGCGGGACCAGGGAGGAAGAGGGGACGGGGAGGUGGAGAGGAAGGAGCGAGGGGCAGACGGAGGGGCAGACGGAGGAGCGCGCGGCGGUGACGACAGGCGGAGGGCCAACAGCGAGGAGAGCAUCGAGCGGGAGGAGGAGGGAGCCGAAGAGACGGCAGACAAGGGCAGGAAGAAGAGGAGGCGAAAGAGGGGCCGGAGGGGUGCGGCCGAAGCCAAACUUAGCUCCAGCUCUAGCACAGAGUCCCACGUCCUGAUGGAUACGCUGGCCGAGGCAGGAGCACAGUCGCAGAGCCACAGCCCGACGGCCGAUACACAGGCGGAGAUACGGGCACCACCAGACCGGGAGAGAGACCCAAAGGCACCGGGUAGUGGAGCGGCUCUUGGGGGUGAUCCGCCCAGUGCCGAGAGACUUGUAGCCACAGAGACGCGGCCAGUAGCCCAGGCUGGGGCAGGAAGGGCUGCCUCCCAGCCUCCCUGCCCCAGUGAGUCAGUCCUGAGGGAGGAAGUGGACGCUGGCACCAUGCGCCUGCCCAGCCAGACAGGGGAUAAGAGCAUGGACUGUAGCAAACCCAUUGUUGCCCUAUCAGAUACCGACUCUCAUAGUCCUGGACCUAGCCUCGCUCGGAGCGACAGUGGAUCAAAGGAAGUUCGGACAAUUUUACAUGUGGAGAGACCAGACCUUCCUGAAUUACCGUAUUUUACAGAGCCAGUGGAGUGGGACAUUUCUGUCCAACCUGUGGAAUUUAAAAGCCAAGCUGAAAAAAUUGAAGCAACAGUAAGUGAUUUGGAUGUAGAUGUCGAUGAUGUAGUUCCAACCGAACUUGAUUAUGGACAUUCAGACACCACAGAAUCAAAAGGAGCCUUUGACGCUGUGCUAUUGUCUGAGCAAAACGCAGAGCCUGCCGCAGCGAUGGAACUCAACAACUGUUCAAAUGUGGAGGCUCUUGAAAUUAAACCCAACUCUGUGGAUCAAUCCGUUGGUCAACUUCCUCAAUGUGUGACGACGAUCGAACCUGCGAACCCCACUGAGGUUGAAUGGCUUUUGGACUCGGAGACCACAGAGACAAGCACAUGCAUGGCAGCCAUACAACACGAAGGAGCCCCCCCUGUGGAACCGCCACAACAAGGGGAGGAGGGGGCAGCGGAUGUUUCCUCACUUAAAACACCGGAAGGAACUGCAGACGGAACUGUGACGGCUGAUUUGGGGCAUUGUUUUGGACACGUCGGGCCGCCUCGAGAUGGGCCAAGCGAGGACAAACCGAGCGAGGUAAAGGGAAGCGAGGUGAGGGGGGGCCGUGAGGAAAUGCGCGAGGCUUGUAUUAUGGAGAGGCACAGCGACGAGGUAGUUGUGGCCGCCAGUGCAAAGAGCUGUGUGUGGAACAAAGAAGAAAGAAAAGGGGAAGAGGUGAUCGAGAGCAGUGCUGAAGUGCAUGACAAUGGUGAGAAUGAGAACAGCGGGGAGGCAGAGAAUAGGUGCAUGGAUGGAGAGGAUAAUCUUCGCUACAAUGAGGAGCUAGCAGCGACAGCGGUUGCUGUUGUUAGCGUGGCCGUAGCAUCGGCGCUUGCUAAAAUAGAGCUGAGCAAACUAUCAGAGGCAGAAUGGUCCAAAGAGUCAUCUCAAACAGGCCAGACUCCUAUUCAGGCCUCAUCGGUGCUCAGUAGUGAACACAAGCUGCCCCUCGACACCACGGUUCAAGUGUCGGUGUGUGUUAACCAGCUCACAAACGAUUUACAAGCAGAGCUAGCCUCCACGCCAACGACCAGCAAAAGCCAUGCUUGUCAUGAACUGUCUGAUACAGACGAUUAUUGUCCAUCGGAUGAAAAAGUAUCAGCCGAUGAAGAAUAUCAACAGAAAAAAGUAGCAGAGCCACAAGACGUGGAACGCAUUUUAAUGAGUAACCAGUCAGUUCCAGAAGCAGGUGUCAUUCUUGAGGAGUCCCCAGAGGCAAACAUCAUAAACACAGAACUAGUUAUAUCAGAAGCCAUAUCCGUACAAAACUUCUGCUUGGAUUUAAGUCACGAUCUGACUAUAAAAGCAUCUAGCCUAGCAGUGGCUGACACAAAAACGUACAGAGAUUUGAAUGAAGCACUUGCAGCCCAGCCUGCUAGCCCAAUCAAUGCUCUGAGUGAAGGCCAGCUCUGUCAGGACAAUCAAGUGCCUUGCCCUGUCAUUGACACAGGGCAGGGCAACGGCAAGCAAUUGGACUGGUUUGACUCAAACGCCACCGAAAAUCCCGGACUCAAAGAGUGUGCUGAUGACUCACCCGGAGAACUCGAUUGCUUCUUGUCUGAAGAGCUGUUGGGUAUCAGGCUCAACCCAGGGCACGGUGCCAAAACCCCCCUGGUUGGACAUGUUCUAGUAAAUGAGUCUGGUGAAGCCGGUAAAUCACAAGGAACAUCCAAAGCUGUGGCUGCCAUUGAGCCUGCUAGUGAGGCCUGUGUGACCGGCCAGGAAGGCACUGUAGUGUUUGUGUGUGAGGAGGGUGAAGGCGAGAUCCACCAAGAUGGUUCAGCUGGGGGUCAAAGGUUGCCUUUGGAGUCUGAAGUGUGUAGCAGCGGUGUUCCGCCCUCUGAAAUCCAGAGCAAGAACUCGUACAUGGGUGCUGUUUCCUCUGACGACGAGGAAUAUUCUAUGCCCGCUUGCGAAGUGAUUCUCCCUGUCAAUCCGGAUCACUCACUCUCUGGUACCGGCUCUGGUACGGCCCACUCAAGCCCCCUGUCGAAGGAAUCCACCAGCCCUGUGACUCCUGACGAUGGUACGACCCAACCAUUGGCAGAUAUGUUUGUUUUGGCCACCCCUAUGGAGUUUCAAAGUAGCAGCCUCCAGCAUCAAGGGGUUCACAGUGCUGUUAUGUAUGAUGGAGAUGGUAUGUUCCAAGACCAGGGGGGGCACGUGGGUUAUUUGGAUACAGUCGAUGGAUGCAAGGACCAGGAAAGAACAAGUGACGGGGAGGAGACACAGAGGAUUAUGGUCACAACUCCAGACGCCUCCAGAACUCAAGUGAGGGAAGCCUUGCAGGAAGAACAGCCCCCCGAGACGAUCUCAGAGGGUGCCCUCCAUCCUGAGAUCCAGAGAGACAAGGAGACCUUCUUCCCACUCGGGCCCUGCCCGGAGCCCAACACCCUCCCCGGGUCCUGCACACCCCCAGCCCCAGUCACAGACCGGGGUCUGUCCGCUCCCUGGGAGGGAGACGAAGUGGACCGCAUGAUCCAGGCCCACCCGGCGACCACCCAUGAUGCAGUGGAGCGUCUGACACCCAGCGUGGAACUGGAUGACUGCGUCUUCAAAAAGCCCGCGCCGCCCGGCUCCAGGCCGGAGUUGAGGCGGGGACGUUCGUCCUGGUCCUCCACCGACGACUCCUCCAGCCAUCGACCCCCCAGUGUCUCCUCGCGGCACAGCGUGGACACGGCCUCCAUGGACACGGCCUCCAUGGACACGGCCUCCAUGGACACGGCGUCCAUGGACAGCACGUCGGUGGGGGCCAGCGACUCUGCCUCCCUCUGGAGCCCUGGAGGGCCGUGGAAGUCAGACGAAGAAGGGAGAGGGUGCACGCCGGGGAUAGAAGGCCUGGAUGCGACGGGCGGAGAGGAGGAAGAGGGGAAGGACCAUCUGCCGGACAACUCGGUGACGUCGGCCAUCCUGCGGGCCUCCAACCGCUCGCUCUCGCCGUUCCGACGCCACAGCUGGGAGUCCGGCAGGGCCAACGUCCCCGGGCCCCCAGGGGACCCGGCGGAACCAGCGCCAGCGCAACGCAGUUCACAAAGGAUCUUGCCAGUGGAGGUGAGGCGAGCCAAACCACCCCUCCACCGGAGAAGCUUCAGUCUGGAAGGCCUGGAGGUCGGGAGGGCAGUCAGCCCAGGCCACUGCCCACGUACGGGUGCGUAUGACCGGGACGAUCGGUCCGGGACAAAGGGGUCCUGGCUGGACAACCAGGAGAGGGGAGGGGGCUCUCUGGUCUCCCUCACAGAGGAGGAGCAGGAGGGUGACGCCAGCAGCCCCGUCAGCCAGAGUGCUCACCGCGAGCUGUCCAUGCAAACCAGCUGUCCCACCAGCUCCCACCACCCGCCCCUCACCAAGUCCAUCUCCAUGGUUGCCAUCAGCCAGCGGGAAACUGACGGGGUCGGGUCUUUCUCCACUACCGCUGGGUCACUGGAAUACAGUAUCUGUGAAGAGGAACCGGGCCCAUUGAGGAGCAACAGUGAGCGGGGAGGAGUCGGAGGAGGAGUCGGUGGUACCAAGGUCAGCCGGACGUUCAGCUACCUCCGCAGCAAGAUGAGCAAGAAAAGCAAGGGCAGUGACAAAGAGAAGAGGGGAGAGAAGGAACGCGAGGGCAAGGAGCGAGAGAAGAGGCCAGUGAACGGCCACGCCUUCUCGCCGGCCUCGCCCCCCCCCAGCGGCGCCUGCCCCCACUGCGGACGGCUCUUCCUGGCCAAGGACACCUUCCUCUGCACCAACUGUGGUGUUCAUGUCCACAAGAACUGUAGAGAGAAUUUGUCCAUCUGCGCAAAGGCGAAAAUGAAGCAGCAGCUAUUUCCAACAGAAGCCGCCACGGGUACAGCUGUCAACCUGAGGAGUAAAUCCUCCUCCUCCGCCUCAUCGUUAUCCUCGUCCUCGUCCGCCUCUCUGACCCGGGACCGCUGGUCCACGCUGCCCAGCACAGAGGACCAGGUGCCCCAGUCCUUCCCUCGGAGGAACCCCAACAUCCUGUCCUUCAACACGCACAGCAACCUCUCCAAGAGCAUCUCCACCAGCAACAUCGCCGGGCUGGACGAUGUUUCUCUGAAAGGGCAAAAGCACCUGUCCCGCUCCACGGACAACCUCCAUCAGGGCAGCAAGGUGAACGCCUCCACGGAGUCCCUCACCGACGAAGGUACUGAGAUGAUGGACAGUCAGCUGAUGGGAGAGUUUGAGUGCGACGUCAAAGAGCUGGAGGCGGACUCCUGGAGCGCCACCGUGGACAAGAAGUUCCUCAAGCUGCACAAGAAGGACGAGGUCAAGAGGCAAGACGUCAUUUAUGAGCUGUUUCAGACGGAGCUGCAUCACGUGCGGACCCUGAGGAUCAUGUCGGAGGUCUACUACAAGGGCCUGCAGAAGGAGCUUCAGCUGGAUACCCAGACCCUGGAGAAGGUGUUCCCCAUGCUGGAUGACCUGCUGGAGACACACACCCACUUCCUCACCCUGCUGCUGGAGCGCAAAAGGUUCUCCCAAGUGGAGGGCCGAGGCCCCAGCAGCUUCCUGAUCGACAGCAUCGGAGACAUCCUGGUGAACCAGUUUUCGGGCUGCAAUGCCGAUCGCAUGAAGAAGGUUUAUGGAAAGUUCUGCAGCCGCCACAACGAAGCGGUCAACCUCUACAAAGAACUCCACGCCAAAGACAAACGCUUUCAGGCCUUGAUCAAGAGGCUGAUGAGCAGCAGUAUCGUGCGGAGGCUCAGCAUCCCAGAGUGCGUUCUGCUGGUGACACAGAGGAUAACCAAGUACCCCGUUCUGAUCCAGAGGAUACUGCAGCACACCAAAGACACGGACGAGGACCACGCCUGCGUGUCCGAGGCGCUGCGCUGCGUGAAGGAGCUCAUCGCCGCCGUGGACAGCAAGGUGAAUGAGCAGGAGAAGAAGACGAGGCUGCGGGAGGUCUAUAGUCGCACCGACAGUAAAUCCAUUAUGCGGAUGAAAAGCGGUCAGAUGUUUGCUAAGGAGGACCUCAUCAGGGGGCGCCGACUGCUGCACGACGGCACUUUACAGCUGAAGAACGCUGCAGGGCGUCUCAAAGAUGUCCAUGCCAUGCUGCUAUCAGACGUGCUGGUGUUCCUGCAGGAGAAGGACCAGAAGUAUGUCUUCGCCUCCCUGGACCAGCGUUCCACUGUCAUCUCCAUUCAGAAGCUUAUCGUAAGGGAGGUGGCCAAUGAAGAGAGAGGUCUGUUCCUAAUCACGGCCGGCACCAAUAACCCAGAGAUGGUGAAUGUGUUGGCCAGCAGCAAAGACGAACGCAACACCUGGAUGAGCAUCAUACAGGACGCAAUGCACUGCAUAGAGAAGGAGGAGGACGAAGGGGUUCCUAGCGAGACGGAGGAGGACCGCAGACAGCAGGAGACCAGAGCCAAGGAGAGCAGAGAACUCCUGAGGCUCAAGGACCAACAGAUCGUGCUACUGCUGAAGGAGAAGGUGAACAUCUUCAAGGACCUGUGUGACCUCAGCCCCGCCCUCGACGAGGGCAGCCAGCCAAUCGGGGAGCGCAUGCUGUUCAGGGCCACGCCCGAUGAGGUCACCAAGGGAGAGCCGAUCAUUAAGGACGCCCUGAAGGAAGUGGAGUCUCUGCAUACCUUGGUGAACAGCAGUGUGGGAGGAGCGGGAGGCAGUACCACCAUCUGCCUGACAGGGGGCACUGUGGGACCGGUCUGCCUUCCCAGAAGGGCUGAGACAUUCGGCGGCUUCGACAGUCAUCAGAUGAACAGCAGCAAGAGCGGAGAGAAAGAAGAAGGAGAUGACGCACUUGACCUUCGCAGGACUGAGUCAGACAGCGUGCUGAAGAAGGGAGCGAACACCAGCCUUCAGAUGUUACUCAAGAGAAACAAUGAGCAGGUCCAGCACAGUGUGGGGAACCUCUACAAUCUGCUGACAUCGCUGCAGGCUGUGGUGGUGCAGCAGGACAGCUUUGUGGAGGACCAGAGGCUGGCCCUCAGCGAGCGCCUGGCCGCCCAGCCUCCCUCCAGGAACUCCUCCUCCUCCUCCCUGUCCCAGACCUCGGGCUACUCCUCCUCGUCGCGGCCCUCCUCGCUGAUCGAGCAGGAGAAGCAGAGGAGCCUGGAGAGGCAGAGGCAGGAGGCGGCCAGCCUGCAGAAGCAGCAGGCGGCGCACCAGGAGGAGCGGCGGCGGCGGGAGCGGGAGUGGGAGGCGCGGGAGCAGGUGCUGGGCGAGCGGGAGGCCGGGCUGCGGGCCGAGGAGGAGGCGGCGGCGGGGGCCCACGCCGCCCUGGGGGCGGAGCGGGAGGAGCUGCAGCGGCGGAAGGAGGACUACCAGCGGGACCUGGAGCGGCUGCGGGAGGCCCAGCGGCGGCUGGAGCGGGAGAGGGAGGCGCUGCGGCGGGAGACGGAGAGGCUGGAGGCCCUGAGGAGCGAGGAGUCCGGCGGGCUGCAGAAGUUCCAGCGCACGUCCUCCUCCACCUCAGAGGAAUCCCUGCGCUUCCACAGCUCCAGCUCCCUGGACCAGGAGUCCAGAGAGGCCCCAGAAGCUGCCAAAGAGGUGGAGCUCUCCUCCUCAGCACCGACCAAAGAGCCCUUCCUGCGCAUAGGAUCCAAGCGCAUGGGCAAAAACUUCAACCCUUUCUCCUCCUCCUCCUCCUCCUCCACCUCCUCGUCAUCCAAGCCCCAGGGAGGGGACAAGGAUGCCCAGCUCCCCAACCGACUGCUCCAGCUGGCCAAGACCAAGCCCAAGAAGGAGAAGAAGAAGAAGGGGAAAGGAGGAGAGCGGGAAGAGACAGGUACCACUUAAAACGCCAGGCCCUGGUGAUGUCUGAACCCCACGACGACGGAGAGGUCAUCUUCUGCUGAUGGGGGGGGGCGGUGCGGCACGGACAGACCAAACCCCCCCCCCCCCGCCCCUCUAGCGUCGGAGACGUCAGUCCUUGGAGAGCCCCUUCCACUCUGCCCUCUCCGGGGAGAGGCGCCAGGGAAGUCUGUUUGGCGAGGCAACUUCUACUCUACAGCUCGUCCUCCUUCUCAACGGACCGUCGUAGCAACAGGUAGCACAAGGCCACACGCACUUUCUAGCCCCCCCCCCACCACACAGAGCGUCUCUUCUGGACCGCCCCUCCCCGGGCCACUCUGCCCGUGUUGAAACGAUGAGACCUUAUGGAAGUUUAGUGUGUGUGUGUGUGUGUGUGUGUGUGUUUGGUUGUGUGUGUGUGUGUGUGUGUGUGUGUGUGUGCGUGUGUCUCAGGUCCCCAGACUUUUAAACAAAGUAAAACGAGUGGCUGGUCACAGGACCACAGACCUUUACAGUUCUGCAACUGGGAUGACGACGAUGAUGAUGACUGGGAGAGUUGGAACGAGGCCGUAAAAACAUGCAGCAUGUGCAACAUGAAGUACAACAAGCAGAUUUGAUCCUUUUCUUGAUCGGUGCUGAUCCUCGAGUCUUCCAAAGGAUUGAAAGAAAAUGAACACAGCAACUGUCCAGCUUUAGGAAGAAGCAAUAAUAACCUAACCACCACUUUUCUUGUCUCUGUUGCUAAUGCCAAACGUGAGGUUUCCCCUCUGCAUUACCACAAUAAGUACUAGCAUGUUUUCUUUUGUAUAUUCUGAUUGGUUGCCAGGGUUGCAAUAGUUAGGAGAGAGCUCGCCGUGAGAUAUGGAUUCUAUGUUCAAAAGUCUUCUUUCUUUUUAGAAAGACUGAAGUGUUAUUUUUUUCUUUGUAGUUAAAUGGUGUGUGUGCGUGUGUGUGUGUGUGUGUGUGUGGUCAGAGGUUGAAAGGUCAGAGAAGGUUAGCUAAAAUAUAAGUGAUGGGGGACAGAGAAAUUACUUCAAUCAAUGACCUAGGGAUAAAGGGAUGUGUUCAAUGAGGGAUCAUAUCUUUGACUGGCAUUGAAGAAGAGAGCAAGAGAUGGCCAUCUGGCCAAAGACUCUUCUGGACCCUGAUCCAUUUACCCAUAUUCCUUUUUUCCCCCUUCUACAUUUUCCUCUGGAAGAGCUUUUAUCCACAUUAAAACUCACUUUCCCAUGAUGCUCUAUUUUGGAUGAUCGCCUUAUCUAGUCCCCAAGCAUUGGCCAUGCAUUAAUUAAACAGCUACCAAGCGUGUGAUGGACCGUGUUAGAGGGAAAGCAUUAGGAGAACUCAAUGAACCACUCAAACCUAACUGCCUUCAGCCACUGCUUGGCUGCUAGUCCCAAGUAUACACCAGCAAGUGUUAAUUACAAUACAUGUCCCAUCUUGUCAAGUCAGUCCCCAAAUGAAUGAACUCUCGGCACCUCAAUCUAGCAUGCCAGGGAAGGAAUUCGCCGCCUUCUGUUGGUCUCCCUGUCUCCCAUGGAAGGAUCUUUUUAUAACGACGGAGCUAUCGACCACGUCUUCCCUCUCCCUCUCUCUCCCUCUCCCUCUCUCCGUCUCUCCCUCUCCCCCUCCCCCUCCCCACACUGAUGAUCACGGUCUGUGCAAAUGGAUCUACCGGCCGGUAUAGGACUCAGAAAUCAAUAUUGGCAUUGUGUUUAAUACAAAGUGGUACAUCUGGUGCCAUUAGAUUUAAAAACAAAGUGGUGGCGGCCUGGGUUGCUGCUCUGGCCUCACCGAUAUCACCACGUGUGAAAAUGUGCAAUGCUGCAGGAUACUCUCUUCCCUCUCUGUCUCCCACCCACCCCCCAGCUUUUGUUUUGUCACUGCAUGCAAUACGAUCAAGAUGAGGGCUACCAAAAAAGGUCUAUUUAAAGCACUUUAGAUUGAAGUACACUUACAUUUUCCAAUGUUGCAUCAAAGCCCCAGUGUGUUCUCGUGCCUUAAUGCAAGACAAUCGAUUAGUUUACUCUCUUUUUUUUAAUGUACGUAUUCAGAUAGACUUCUUUGAAUCGAGAGGGGGAAAACGUUGAUGGUGUUGGGUUUGUGUACUGCAAUACUCAAUUUUAUUGUUUUUUAUAAAUGUUUGGAUCCGCCUGCUCAUGUUAUAGUUUUUUUCUUUGUUCUUUGGUCCUAAUCCGGUUUAUUUAAAUGAAACAAUGUGUCAAGUCAAGACAGUUAAGAGUGCAUUGUCAAAGGAAACACUGAUGGAAGUUACUUCUAAACAACCUUGAGUCAAAUGGAUUUUACGGAGCUAGCUAAGCCAAAAGCAAAAUCCUCUCCGAACCAACCCUUACCCCCCCCCCUCACCCUCCAACCCCACCCAGGAACCCGCCACUGCCUGUUCUUGUGAUGUUUCUGCAAGUGCACAACACACACACACACACACACACACACACACACACACACACACACACACACACACACACACACACACACACACACACACACACACACACACACACACACACACACUAGGGAGUUGGGCUGGUCUCUGCUAAAGUCUGUGGGAGACUGCAACCGGGAGCUGUAUAUUUGCACCGCAUUGAUCUCUCUCCUCUUCAUGUAUCCGUGGCAGGGUGAGUGAUGUUGGACAUUUUAGCCCCUGCAGUCUAAAGAUACGAAUAUGUUCCCUAGCCACCUCUCAUCCAAAGAUAUCUCUGCUGAAAGGAGCAGAUUUUUGUAAACUAAGAGCCUAGCACACAGCCUUUAUCCGAGGCCCUUGUGUGAUACAUACAAAUUGAACCACAAAAUGGAAACACUGGCUCUGGUGGGGAUGAUGUCAGGGAUUUUAAAUGACAACAAGGGUUAUUAGACCAGUGUUGAGAUCCUGAAAAUAAGCCUGCGUUUUAUUCUCAUACAUUCAAGUUACAUUACUAAACACAUUUAUUGUGGUAGAUGUGUUAAUUUGGGGGUGUUUCAUUCUGCUGAUGAAAUGUCUUUGGUGAUCGAUUUCAGAGACAAUGUAUCACUGUGAAUGAGAGACUGCCAGAGUUCUGAGCAGUGAACCUGUCUUCUCAAUCUGACCGACAGAUGGCACUAUAGAGGAGAACAUAGCCUUCUGAGCGGUUGUGUAACUAAUAUUGAGCUCGGAGAAUAUCGUCGGGCCCCUAAAAAUGUCAAACAGCUAUCUUAAUUUGUAUUAAUGGCCUGAAAUGCAAGCUCCUGUGUGAGUCGAAUUUCUUAUUUAUUUGAAAGUGUGUUUGAAAUAUGGAUCAAGUAAUCUUUCUUCCAUACAUUUUUAAUUGGCAUCUUAUCUUUCUUUUCUGUGGCCAGUCAUUACCCAUCUGAUAAUCAAUACACAACCAUCUCACAAUGCUUUGGAAAAUCCAGACAGUCCACCUUUGUUUUUACUCUUUUAUACGUUUUUAAAGAGCAGGUUGGAGGGUUACUUGUUACAGUUUUGUAAAGAUGAGUGUAAAUAAUUCUAAUGCCGAUUUGGGCAAAAAAAAUAUUAAAAAGCAGUUUUUAUGUGUGGGAUUUCGAGGAGGCAUGGGUGCUAAUCGCUGUGACACAAGGGACUUCAAGAUUGUAUAAACCAUCAUGCAAACCUGCACAACUCACAGUUUUCUCCCACAGUCAAAGUGUAGCAGCAGUCUAGAGCUCAAUUCAGAACUGCACUUUCCGUUAUCUGUAUCAAUACAUGUAUAUGCACACGCAAGGCCUUGCAAAGCAACCGAUGAACUCCCUUAUAACCGGAGAGAGGAUUCAAACCAAACGACUAUAAUUAAAUCUCAAUUUGUCAACAAUAAUGUUCCCAAUGAAAAUGCACUAGAAUGUCAAGAAAUGGUUUCAAAUCUCAUUAGACCUUACAGUUUUGCACUGUAUGCCAAAGCUUUUUAACAAGGUUGUUUGUACUAAAUACAAGAAGGUACAAUAAUAGUUUCCUUUUGAUUUCAUCUGUAAAGCAAAAAAAGGCAGAACAAAAAAAUUUGUAAAUAUGUUUUAUGUACAAAUUUGAACUUUUGAAGUAUUGACUGUGGAUUUUUUCUUUUGUUAGAUGAUUUUUUUUAAUAAAUAUUAAGGCUUUAUUUAUCUGUACUCGUAAUGUUUGGAGGCAUAAACAUAUAAAAAAUGUACAGUAAUUUUCCCCUUUUCAAUAAAUCACGUUUGUCAAUUGUG